CUUCGCACCUUAUCCAUUCCUUCUCUCCCCCUCACCCCUUCCUCUAUAAAAAACCCUAAUCCACCAUUUCCGCUCCGAGAAUUAAAAAUAAAACUCUUUCAACAUAUCCCCACCAGCUCGCCAAAUCUUCCCUUUUCCGUUUCGUUCCUUCCCCUCUCUUAGUAACAGUCGUUUCGGCGGAGUCACAAAAACAACAACAUCAACAACAAAAAAAGAUAUAUAUAGCAACGAACUAUAAAUAUCAAAUAAGUAAUCUCUUGUUUGUUUUGUUAACGGCUUUUUAACGGGUGUUGCGUUAUAGAGAAGAGCUGAUCAUAUAUCGAUCAUGGGGUUCCUACAAAAACUUUGGGACGAAACGCUUGCCGGGCCUAUGCCGGAGACCGGCCUCGGAAAACUACGAAAGUAUGAUUCCUUUUCUGCCACAAGAUCAUCCCAUGCUCCUGUUGUCGAUGGUAAUAAGAUAAGGGUAACUAGGAGCAUUACGAUUCUUAAGAGUAACUCUGGUUUUAGAAACCUAUCUGUGGAGCCGGGUUCGGCUCCGGAUUCUCCUUUCGGGUCUAGCACUCCUGGGACACCUUUGUCACCGGGGACACCACGUGGGGAUUUCGGGAGAUUCACGAGAAGAAAAUCGUCAGCUGAAGCACUUGAAUCCGCUGAGCCUACAAGUCCAACUGUUUACGACUGGAUUGUGAUGAGCGCUUUGGAUCGUUGAGGGAGGAAAUUGACGAUUUUUCUUUUGAAGAAUCAACAUGUCGAAGAGACUUUUGUACAUAGAGAAACCUUGGUGGAAAUUUCAUUAUAUAUCUUAAGCAUCUAUGCAAAUAUGAUAUAUCUAUAUAUCAAUAAACCCUAUAUUAAGUUAAUAAGUUGGUUACAACAAUAAGACGGAUUGAGUGAUUGAAUGAACAAUCCCGACCGAUCGAGAAAAUCACUGCUUCUUGGAGUUUCUGAGAGAGGAAAGCCAGACGUAGGAGAGGCUAUUUUGAGCAUGUAUAAAUCUUUGUUGGCGAGCUAGAGAUUUUUUUUUUCUCCAUUUUUUGUACAUAUGAUUUUCUUGUUUUCGUGUCUUGGCUUUGCUAUGUACAUAGAGAUCUGUGUACAUUUGAAUCCUCUUCUAAUGAAACUCGUUAAUUUGCAGCUUGAAAAAAA